GAACACCACGACGGAUUCUUUCUGAAUGCAAGACGGAUCAGCUUCUGCAUCGUUCAUGCUCCAUUAUCUCCUGGGGACCAUGAUCAGGAAAUUCCCCAAGUCUCGAUCAAUAAUGAGAGCUCUUUCGAGUUGUCGGGUGAUGUCAUCUGGGGAACCAUUAACUAUAUUGCCUCUUUGACGUGGACCUCCACCAACUUCAACUAACGGAACAACAACACUCGCAAGUCCUGAUCUUCAUCUAGGAUUCGCUUGAUAUCGUCCGUCUAGUCGUGUCUCCCUUUUUCUAGUACAUUCUUUUUCCCUGCUUUUUGCCAUGCCUCAUCGAUUGAGCGGUGAACCUCUCUUGAAGUGAUUCCUGUCCUGCACACCCCCUCCUUUCCUGCCGUCUUCCUCUCUAUGGCAUGGCUGUUGCUCGGACAGCCACCACCAUAGUCAUCAACAAUGGACAAUUCUCAUGAGAGUGGCGGAGAACAACACCGUCUACUCUCUCUGCCAGACCUCGAGUCCAAAACGGUUCAAAACUUGAAUACUCCCCUUCUCCAACUCCCUCCCGAACUACUCUCUCAAAUCCUUUCAUACCUCUCCGCGCCACAUUUAGCCUGUGUUUCCGGAGUCUGUCGGUCACUAGCCGAACAUGCGCAGAAUGACCUUCUAUGGGCGAAUUUGGUAAACGCUUAUUUACCCGAGCCGAUCCACGACCCGGGGGUUUUCGACUCCUUCCGCAGUCUCUAUCUUGCCCAUUACCCGUGCUGGUUUAUCCCCCGAAGCAAAGUGUGGUUUUCCGACACAGAGCAUACUGGCAACCUCAUUAUAGCACGGUAUGACCACCGUCGGGGCGUCAUCGAAGCUUAUCGCGUGAUUGCAGAACGGCCUCCUCACAAGUUCCAGAUCUGGGAAUAUAACCCGGACGUUCUGAUUCAAACCUUUGACCCGAAGGUCAGUCUUUGGCUUGACGAUCCGGUCCUUUUGUUAAAGAAGGGCCAGAGCAGCCAAACCAGAUAUCUGGACGGCGAAUCGCGUAUGCGCAUGCCAGUAGAAGUACAACAUGUCUUUAAUGCAUUUUCGCUCUGUUGUCCGAGUACAUCUCAAAUUCUCGAUGCCAACACCCAGUGGCCUCCCCCAUCCAUUCCAAGCGAGCAUCGUGUGUACCGGGAUGCAGAAGUCCACUGGUCCGAGUGGAACCGCCACCCUCGACGGCUAGAGAAGAUGUCUGAAUGCGCGUUUCGAAUCAGACGAUGGGCGCAUUUCCGGCUGGGCAUGCCCAUCUUCACUGCAGGCCGAAGUGAGACACUUUCCACUUACGCAACCCUGGAUCCGAGCCUAUACACUCCCACGAAGGAAAAGCCCUACCAAGGGAUCUGGGUGGGCGACUACUCGGCCCACGGAUGCGAAUUCCUGCUGUUUAUGCAGCGAGGCAAGGACGGGGAUAAUCUCUCCGAGCUUGAAGCAGAAAACCAAGGCAUUAUCCAGAAAGGCAGCCUAGAAGCCGUCAAACUCACAGGAGACCCAAACGUCCCCCGGGGUCAAAUAUCGUUCAUGUCCGAUGACAUUGGGCCCGGCGGUACUGUGCGGAUCGCAGACGAGGAGAUCUUCAAGGGGGGAAGAGUUGUGCGUUCCAAGGGCCACCUGGCGGGUCUUGGAUUCAGAGAUGAUACAUUCAUUAAUUCCCAACUUAUCCUCGUCUCAACCGACUGUGUCGCUCAUUACUGGGAAUCCAUGGGCCAUAUAUCGUAUUUCCGUCGGCUUGACAUCGACGCCCUCAUUCAUACGUGACAAUCUGUAGAGCGUAAUGCAGCAGACGGAACCCCAACUAAUGAUUUAUGAAAACUUACGAAUAACGAGCUCACUGUUGACGAAGCCGGCGAGAGUAACUAUUUAUUUUAUGCCUUGGUCUUUUUCUGAUCACAUCACAUCACAUCGCAAUCUUGGCCGCAAUACCUUGAGGAGCGCGUACAUUUAUUCCACGACAUCUUUCUCCCGUAUCCACCCUUUUUGUUCGGGGCGGGGGGUUCUCAUGAUACAUUCUGGAUAUGAUUGGGAAUGAUUCUUCACUUUGCGUUUUUCUCUUAUAUGCUGAGCGUAAUAACGGGUAUACCUGGGGAAUUAGUACACUGCCUAAUGUAACAUAUGCUUCCGAUUUUCCUCGGGGGGUUCCUACCGAAUUGAAAUUCUAAUUAUUGUUGCCUAGUAGUCGAGAUUGUUCACUCUACCGUACGAGAGGCAGGCUGACGG